GAUUGGGCCAACCGGGUUAAUAAGAUAACUUAUCUGUGUUGUUCCCGUACGAAUCCCAUACCGAAAGUCAGGUGGGAAGUAGAAGACUAUUAUUAUAUACGGUAAAAGCCGGUCACGUUUACAAAAAUAUCGCUGGAAACAUCGAAAACGGAAAAACGUUACCACAUUCAGUCAGUCAGCGGUGGUCCGGUACACACGGUCGAUUUCUGUCGGGAUUACUUUUGGGAAGCACGACUGACAACGCUGAACGUCUCUGUCUCUUACGUGACCCAGACGAUCGAAAACGUUUUCUUAAAUCAUAAAUAAUAUCUACGUACUUUAUUAUUUCCUAUUGCCGGUGUAUCUGUGUGUGUGUUAAGUUCCGUAUCCAGUCUAACGUGCUUAAUAAUCGAAACCAAAAUGCCUAACUCACAAUUAGUACAUGAUAAUACUACUACUCACUUGGAUUAUAUGAGCUCUUUGGAUAUUGAUGUCGAAGCUCAAUUUGUCCGUUUGUCUGGUAUCAUUUGUACUAUUGGACCUGCUUCGGUUGCUGUUGAAACACUUGAGGAGAUGAUUGACUCUGGCAUGAAUGUUGGUCGCUUGAACUUCUCUCAUGGUUCUCAUGAAUACCAUGCAAACACAAUUAAAAACUUAAGACAAGCAGCUGAAAAUUAUGGCAAGAAAAUUGGUGUUUACAGCCCAUUAGCUAUUGCUCUAGAUACCAAGGGACCUGAAAUAAGAACUGGCUUGUUAGAAGGCGGUGGAUCAGCUGAAGUUGAACUGAAAAAAGGUGAACAAAUCAGUUUAUCAACAGAUAAGGCAUUUGAAAAUAGCGGUAAUGCCACUAAAGUGUAUGUUGACUAUCCCAACAUAACCAAAGUGGUAAAACCAGGCAACCGAGUAUAUGUUGAUGAUGGUCUUAUUUCUUUGAUUGUUAAAGAAAUUGGCAGCAAUUCUAUUGUGUGCACUAUUGAAAAUGGUGGUUCAUUAGGAAGUCGUAAAGGUGUUAACUUACCUGGUGUUCCGGUCGAUCUCCCAGCUGUAUCCGAAAAGGAUAAGAGUGAUUUAAAAUUUGGUGUUGAUCAAGGUGUUGAUAUGAUUUUUGCAUCGUUCAUCAGAGAAGCUGCUGCUAUUAAAGAAAUUAGAGAGAUAUUAGGUGAAAAAGGUAAAAACAUAUUGAUUAUUUCAAAAAUUGAAAACCACCAAGGCAUGAAAAACUUACAAGAAAUCAUUGAAGCUUCUGAUGGUAUCAUGGUUGCCCGUGGUGAUUUGGGAAUUGAAAUCCCCCCAGAAAAGGUCUUUUUGGCUCAAAAAGCUAUGAUUGCUCGUUGUAAUAAGGCUGGCAAACCAGCUAUUUGUGCAACUCAAAUGUUAGAGUCUAUGAUUAAGAAACCUCGUGCUACUCGAGCAGAGUCUUCUGAUGUGGCAAAUGCCAUCCUCGAUGGAGCCGAUUGCGUUAUGUUAUCUGGAGAAACAGCCAAAGGAGAGUACCCAUUAGAGUGUGUACGUACUAUGGCUACCAUCUGUAAAGAAGCAGAGACAGCCGUCUGGCAGAGACAAUUAUUUGCUGACUUAUCGUCUGCUGUCAAUUUGCCUUUGGAUGCUUCACACACAACUGCUAUUGCUGCUGUAGAUGCAGCUAAUAAAAGUAAAGCUGCUGCCAUUGUUGUUCUUACAACUUCUGGCCAUUCUGCACAUCUCAUUUCUAAAUAUCGCCCACGUAGUCCAAUCAUAGCUCUGACCAGAAAUGCCCAAGUUGCCCGCCAGUGUCAUAUUUAUCGUGGUAUUCUACCUUUAUUCUAUAAUGAACAACCAUUAAGCGACUGGUUGAAAGAUGUGGACAUCCGUGUAGUGCAUGCCAUUAAGUUUGGCAAAUCCCGCGGAUUCAUCAAGUCAGGAGAUCCAGUAGUAGUCGUCACUGGAUGGAAGAAAGGUUCUGGAUAUACCAACACUUUACGCAUUGUGUAUGUACCUGAACAAGAAGAUUUUUGUCUUAUGUCUUAAUCACUUAUAUAUAAUCAACAAAUACAAUGGGCACUAGGUUUUAAUAUUUAAUGAGAUUAUUAGACUAAACUAUAAAAUCUAAACUAGAUAAAACAAAUGUAUUCCAUGAUUAUUUAUCAGUUAUAACAUUAUGUUAAUAAGUUCCGUUGUUUAUGUUGUAUCCUUCACAGAGAGGAUUUUAAUUUUACUACAUUUCCUGGUUUUAUUGCAGUUAAAUAACGCUUGAAAGGUAUACUAAGCUUGUGUUUUUCUUUAAUUAUGAAUGCAUCAAAUAAUUUUGUGGAUGGUUAUUUUAAAAUUAAAAUACAUAAAAUGAAACUAAAUAUAAAUUUCUAUCAUAUAGUGUUUUUGUUUUUAAAUAUUAAUUAUAAUAUUGCUUACUUUUUUUUUUUUAUUCAGCAGUUAUUUAUUGAAACUUGGUACUUCUAUUUUCAAUGCCUACUCAUGAUUUAUAUAAAAUAUGUUCAAUCACUUGACAUACAUAAAUCAUAUUAUGAUAUUAUUAUGCUUUUUUAUUACCUAUUAAAAUUAAUUAAUUAUAUAUUUGCUUUUGGCUGAUGUUCGUUUACGAAAUGCUAUGGUCUCCUAAAUAGAUAGUAUACAAAAAUGUACUUUUAUGCGUUAUUAUUACCACCUAAUGCUUUUGUACUUAACUUUUUUGUGCUUAUAAGUUAUAAUGAACUGUUUUAUAGGUACAUAGGUCCUUUAAAUCAACGUUAGAUUUUAUAUCUGAGUACAAAUGCAUAAUAUUAUAUUAAACCUGUCCAAAAAAUUAUCAAUUGAUUAUGAUAAACUUAUUAUUUGCCUUAAGUAAUUUUACAGGUAUAUGGUAUGUAUUGAAUAUCAGCUUAUAAAACAUGUGAUCUCUUGGUUAUUGAGUAAGAAUACUUUUUAGUGAACCAUUUUGCAGUGUGAAUUAAACAUUAUGCUAACUUUAAACCCUACUUAAUAUAGUACAUUUUAACAUACAAACCAUGUAUUAUUAUUUAAAAACAUUUUGUUUAUUUUCUUUUAUAAUACCCUUGUAGACAAUUAUAUUCCUUUUAGACGAUAGUAUUACAAUAAAGCUUUUUGCAUUAAAUAAUAUUGUAGCUUAUACUUGGCUAUACUUUUAAAUAUUACCUAUACUAAAGCUUUGGAAUUUAAAAAUAACUAAUAUUAAUUAAGGAAGUAUUGUAAUAUAAAGGAAUCAUUCAUAUAUAUGUUAUAAUUUAGUGACGUUAAGUACUUAUUGUUUUUUUGUUUUCAGUAACGUGGAAUGAGGUUCUCCAAAAUUGGCUAAUUUACCACAAUAAAAAAAAAAAAUUUAAAAACCGUUUUUUAAA